UGGCGCUGGGGGCGGAGUGAGGCCCAGUCGUUCGCACAGGCUUCGGCCCAGCUUCCAGAGGAAGGUGGGAGUCAAUCAUUUUGACAAGUCUCCUGAAAGGAACAGCUAGCAGGAGCUGAAACCUUUUUCCAUUUGGUCUCGUGGCAAAGGCAGAGAUCCCGCCAGCAGCUCCACACAAUAUGACGUGCUCACUAGUGCCCUCUGAACAGUCUUCUGGUACUUCUCUCUUGCCUAAAGACAAUGCCCCAUUUUCAUGGGGUUCCUUGGAUGAGGAUGGAUUGGAUGACUCCUUGCUGGAGCUGUCUGAUGGAGAAGAAGAUGAUGGCCAUUUGAGUUUAACGGAGGAAGAGAUUCAGGAGCUCUUGAAGGAUGAUGAUGCUCUUGAUGAUGACCUGUCAAAUGAGCACUUUUCUUGGGGAGGAGGGUUGCUUAAAGAUGACAGCAGGCAUGUUGAGAAGGGAGGGAGAGGGAGUCAAAUUCUCCUUGACACUCCCCAAGAGAAAAAUUCGUUGUACAGCUUGGGACCAGUACCUGAGACCCCUGGCCUCUCCAAACUACCUCAACUAAGUACAUCAGUUGGUCGUGGACCAACUCCUACUAAACCAUUAAACAGACGCUUUGCACUAGAAAAGAAUCUUAUAAAAAUAACAGUUGCACCAUUUGAUCCAACAGUUUGUGAUGCUGUGCUUGAUAAGGACAAGACUGAUACGUCCAAAGAUAUUGAAAAACCCUCCUCCCUUGGAGAAGAGAUGAGAGAAGAUGGUCUUAGCCCAAAUGAGAGCAAACUUUGCACUGAAUUUGAAGGGAUCAGCCCCAAUAACUCUGCCUGGGAUGGGCCCCUGCUCCCUUCUUCAAACAAUAACUUUCAGCAAACUGUCUCUGAUAAAAAUAUGCCUGACAGUAAGAAACCUACGCCUGUAUUCUCUCAGAUCUUGGACCAUUCAGAGACUCCUAAUACGGGGUCAUCCUGGAGAAGUGGAUCACAUGAAUCAAGUUGUGAAAUGAGGUUUCCGGUUGUUUCCAGUUCAUCAAACAAACAGGAAGUUCUUGACAAGGAUUCUGGGAAGCUGAAAGUCCCUGAGAGAAGACUAGGUAAAGUCAUUCCUGUUCUGCAAGCCAAAACAAGGACUAAUGUUACGACGUUUUCACAAUCGGAUCUAGAGCAGCAGAAGCAAAAAUAUCUGAGAAGUGUCAUUGCUCAUAUAGAGGACUCGAACCAAGGUAUGCUGGGGGAGCUGCAUGCCUUGGUGGAUCAAGUUCAUAUGCAGGACCCAAAAUGGCAGCAUCCUUCAGACCUCACCAUGCGAAACUACGCCCGGAAACGACAGAAACCUCUGCAAAGAUAUAGUCUGACUCAGUGGGUUGACAGGAACAUGCGAAGCCACCAUCGGUUCCAGCGUCUUUCAGAUUUCCGGUCCAGUCCAUUUGUCUCACCCCAUCAGCAGUGAAGGUCCCUAUCCAAGGUCCUGUCCAGAGCAGCAUCUCAUCUUCUUGUGCUGUUUUGUGCUUUGUAGAUUUUGAAUUUUAUUUUUCACAAGAUUUUUAUUUAAAGAACUUGUCACCUUUUGGAAAUGCCCAUUGCUGACUUGAAUUUUUUUGUAUAAGGUCCUUCCUGUUUGUGUGUGUGUAUGUAUGUAUGUUUUUAAGCAGUGUUAAGUUGAUUUAGUUUUUAUUUUUUUAUUUAAAGUGAAGGUGGCUGCCUCCUGAAAGCCAACAUUAAGCCAAAACACUCAGGCUCAAGCAAAACACCCACCUCUAUGCAGAGGUAGAGUCUACUUCUGGUGCCCAAAAUCUCCUGUAAGGAAGAGAUUCUUUAUCAGGCUGCAAACCAGUGUUAAUUAUUGCUGCUGACUUAAAAAUGGACACAAGUCACUUCUAACAACCCCUCUUAUUUUUUUAUUUGAAUCUCCGAAUACCUGUCAGUAUUUUAAAGUUGGUGACCUUUGAAGUAGGAUGGAGCAGGACAAAAAUCCUGUUGAAAGGACAAAUUAAGAGUGUAAAUCUUCUCCUUUCUGUACCUACUAGCUGCCUUUAUUUUUUUGGCUUUUUUUCAUUCUUCAUUAAAUUGAUUUUGCACAAUAGUGUUUACAAAUCUUACACAUCUUAACUCUGACAGAAGACUACUGACUAACCCUUGUUGAUUUGUGGUCUUGUGACUGGUCUUGUGAUUGUCUUCUCGGCCUUUCUUCAAGGAUUUUCCUUGUUUUUCCCCCAGUGACCACUAUGCUCCUUAGGGUUCUACCAGUGUUGUCCUGUAUCCUGUUAGAAAUAUAUAUGCCUCUUAAGAAGAGCCUCCCUGCUGUCUUUAUUGACGAGUUGGCCACCCAGAGUCUUGACUGUAGGGGACAGGCCAGAAAGCCAGUGCUAUUGAGGUGUCAGUUGGUUUUCAGUUUCAUCUACUGAACCCCAACUUCAAGUAUGAGUUGAUGUGUUGGUCAGUGAGCCUCCAUCCUAUGGGAGAGACUUUGGAGAGGUACUUUUUUCUCUCCCUUAUUAGUUAACAAGAGGUGCCUUUAGACACCCUGGAUGUUACCAUCUCCUCAUUUGGUCAAAACUCGGGUGCAGUUUCACAAAACUGCUCAAGUGGGUCUAAUAUAGUUGUGAUGAAGCUUCCGCACAAAAGCAUUACCUGAUCUUAAGGUUUGGUGUUUUAAUUCAAGUUGACAGACUUUGUGCAGCCAUCUUAGUGGAUGUCUUAGGAGUUUGUUACUCUCUUUUACAGACACUGCUAGACAUCUUUUGGGAGAUUUUGCAGUCCGGCAUUUGUGCUAUUGUUGUUCAGUCUCUGUGAAGGUUGUACAUAGUUGCUGUAGCACAGCCUGUGAUAUUGGGCUAGCUGCAUCUGUCUGGUUUUGUUGUUUCAUCAGCCCUAUCUUUUUAUGUGAGUAUCCCGUCUUAAAUAUCCUACCCUGGUUUAGAAACUGACUUGGGAAAAGUUUGGUCAUUCAAGCCAUCACUAAAUUUAGAUCGAUAUCCCCAAAUGUUUACUGUUUUUAUCCAGUCAAGGAUUCUCUUUUUCUUGGACAUUUGGUACAGAUUCUGGGACCAAAAUGCAAAGAAGUUCUGUUGAAAGGCAAGAGUCAAAAUCUGUUAUUUCAGUUGGCAUAAUUGGCAUUUACUACAUAAUCACUUUUCCAGGUUUCCCUAAAUUAGCUUGAUGGAGAUAAGCAAACAUCCACCUUUGGAACCAUAGCAUAGUUAAAAUUAAUUGUAGCUGGAAUAACUAGCAUUGCAACUGUGUAGUUCCCCACAAUAACCCAAGGAGUGAAGGGACAGCAUUUUGCUUAGGCAAAAAUGUAAGACUCCUGUUCCACUUUCCUGGUACAGGAGGGUUUACAUCUGAAUGUGUAAUGGGAGCAUCGCCUUUGCCAAAUCAAAUGAGUGACGGGUUAACUAGAAAAUGUGACGAUCACAUUUCUUCUAUGCUCAAAUAAUUCUGUUUUUCCAAAGCUUUAGCAGCUUCAUUAAAUCUGUUGGACAGGGGGAGGAGAGAACUCUUCUCUAGCGGUUAACAUGAUAUUCUUUAAGAAGAAAAGCAAAGCCAAAGAAAACUCAUUAUCAGGCAUGUUUGCCUUAAAGAUGGUAGUGGGUAGAAUCUGGAUUUUAAUCAUAUUUGGUGUUGACCCCUAAGUCUAAUAUUUCGUGUGGAAUUCUUGCCUUAUUGUUUUAUUUGAGUAAGCAUUAUGUGCAUUUAACUGCCUACCUAGCUUUCUUCAUGAUGACAUUCUCACCACAGGGGUCCUGACAAAGCAGAGUAAAAAUGUGCUGUUUACAUAGUUUACUUGUAAGUAAAGAGCCUGAAAUAACCUGUAGUUUUAUAUCUAACACAGGCCCUGAUUUACUGGAGUUGUUGUCAGGAUCGAUUAUGAAACUGAAGUUUGGUGCCUCCUCUUUAUCAUGUUUUUUCCCUUGUAGCAGUUGUGUUUAAUGUCAUUAAAAAGAAAUAAAAGUUCUUGUCAGUGGCA